UCACCCAGCUGGCUUAUUUUCUCCUGAAUAUGGCUUCUGAUGUAGCCAAAAUUGCACCAUCCACCCACAUGACAGCUACUGUCUGAGUUGGGGAAUUUCAGGUUCUACAGAGGUUCAGAACUCUUUAGGGAAAGGAAUGCUAAGAAGUCCCAAACUCUUUGAAACAGUCCAGAGAGGAUUCAGCUUGAUCAAUACCUAUGGAAAACUGGCUGACCAAGUUUUCCAAGGUGCUUGAAUGCAUGGAUGUAUUCUGAAUCCAGAUGCAGCUGUUUGGAAGCACAAAGAGGACUGAUCUGCACUGCAACACUUAUUGCAGGUUCCAUAUAUUAAGUGGUAGAAUAGCCAGCUACUUUAAGAAUCUUCUGUUGUCUGAUUAGCAAAUUAAAUGCUGACAGGAUGAUGUGGCAAUUAAGUUGGAUAAAUAACUGGCUGAAGAGCCAUGUUCAAAGAAUGCUCAUCAAGAUGAGGGGUAGCAUCACAUGAGAUGAGAUAAGGUUCAGUCCUAGGCACUAAAUUAACAUCUGUAUUUACUUUAAAAAUUGGUAUUUACUAAAAAAGAUUCAAAUAAAAGAACAGGUUCUGAGAAAGACAGUGAGGAUAAUCAGGAGAUUAGAAAUUAAGUCCUGUGAAAGAGAGAUUGAAGGAAUGUUUUAGUAUUCUAGGAGGAAAAUAUGAUAAAAUCAAUCUAAACUAGGUAGAUAGAACUGUCAUUCUUUGCAUAUGUGUAGGAUAUGUGUCAUUUGAAAAGUAGGUUGCUAUGAAAUGAGGAGGUUAGGCCAGUAUAAUCGCUGGAUUUUUAAAGAAAGGCAUAUUUCCUCUGACAUUUUCUAUUAAUGCUUUGGUUUCAUGUAGAAAAUUGUAUUUUUGAAUUUCAGUAGAUGGGAGAAGCCAAAGUUGUAAUUUGAAUGUUUUUUCUUGAAGUUGUUAGUUAUUGCCAUGAUAUAGUCUUGGCAUAAGAUGAGUCUUAUCUUCAUAAACUGUAGACAGUGCCUGCAUUCACACAUUGCAUUAUGCUAAGAUUUGAGAUAGAGGAACAGUCAUUACUGUAUUUUAUAAAUAUAGGUAGAAAAUCAAGUAUAGUUUUAACUAUAGCUUGUAUAAGCAAUAACGGCUUUUAGAUCCUUGCAAACUAUAGCUUGCUAGCUGCAAUUCAUUUUUACAUAAAACCAUAGUUUACUUUGAUUAUGUGGCUAUCUGCUUAGAUUAUCUAGCAGAGUCUCUGGGAUAAAAUAUAGUAUAAUUAGAUAUGGUGCAAAGUAUGUGGUGUGUUUGGAAUCAAUGCAUGAGUAUAGCAAUAAAUGACUUAGGAUGUAGCAAUUCUUUAUUAAGUAUGUUUAUGUUACAAAUGCUAAUUAUAAUAUUACAAGCAUUUCAGCCACCUGCUGUUUGUGUUGUCAUUGCUUUUAUGAUGUGAUACUGGAUUUUUUAAAUAAGGUUUUAGAGGAAUGUGGAAUAAUUAAUUGAAUGAUUGGGUUCUUAUUUGGCACUCCUUGUUCUCCUUGCAGUCUAUUUUUACCAAGAUAAGAUUCAUCUUAUACCAAGACAUGGUAAUAACUAGGUCUAAGCUAGUGAGAAAUUGUCAGCUAUCUUCCCUCUCUGUUCUUAUAGCUAAAUAUUUGUUGUGUCCUUACAGGGAAAAUUGAAAUUAUUGUUAUUCAGUUUGAGUAUUAAAUCUCAUGACCUUAAUAACUAAAUAAUGAAACAGGGAGGAUCUCCCUGCUCCAGCAGUGCCAAACUUAUUUAGAGUUGCCGGAGCAAUAGCACUGUGAGUGAAGCAACAUGCACUACAAAAGGUCUGCCUCAGACUCCCUGGGAGAAUGCUAGCAAGAUGGCUCAUAGCAGGACAUACAUUCCUGGUGCUAACCUCCAACACACCAAGGAAUUGCUAGGUUGGAUCCAGCUGCUUUUCUGCCAGUGGGAGAAUUCCCUCUGUGACAUUUAGCUCAGCACUGCAGCCCAUGGAAAGUGGAAUGAAUGCUAAUGUACAGUACACAGAUCUUUACAGUUCCUAGUAGCACCUCCCUCACUGUUCCUGGGCAGAUUUAAAGGCGGGGGGAGGUUGUCUUGGAAACUAGUAACGGAGAAAUGGACAAAUAUCAUAUUGUCUUCUGCUCCUCCUGUGGAAUUCUUCAUGGAAUCAGAAGCUCUUCAGACUCAGUAGGCUGAUCCAUCCUAUUGAGUGCUUGGGUAGGGAGUGGGGCUGAAGUUUGAAUGGACCUUGGGGAAUUGAAAAAUCAUAAACAUGGCAUCAUGACCCAUUAUUAUUUCAAAGAGGAAUAACUUGGUGAUGGAGCAUUUUCAAUGACUGAUGGACUCAAAAGAAGAAAGCUUAGCAGCCCAAGAAGGAGCAAGAGAAAGAGGCCUGGUCUAUGUGUGGCAGGCUGGUUCCUAUUGUCCUACCCCAGAAAGACUUCCUGGUUGGAUCGGAAAAAGAGUGUUGCAGGCAGCACUUGGAGAAAACCAUGGUGUACUGUUAUCUGAUGAUGGCGAAGUUUACAGUUUUGGAAAACUUCCUUGGCGACUUGGGCUAGAAGAGGCUUUUAUUAAUUGUCCCAUACUGGAAAAAGCUUUGAGUGGACAACAUGUUGUUACAGUGGCAGCUGGCAGCUUUCACAGUGGAGCAGUGACUGAAGGAGGGGUGGUGUACAUGUGGGGGGAGAAUUCUGCUGGUCAAUGUGCUGUGGCCAAUCAAGCUACUGUGCCAGAACCCAACCCCCUCAGCAUUUCUGAUGGUGAAGCUGGACCUUUCUUGCCAAUUCGGAUUUUGCAGUUGACAUGCGGAGAGGAGCACACCUUGGCACUUUCACAGAGUAGAGAGAUAUGGGCAUGGGGAAGUGGCUGUCAACUAGGCCUUGUAACCAAUACUUUUCCAGUGACCAAGCCGCAAAAAGUUGAGUACCUGGCAGGACGUGUGGUGCUUCAGGUUGCUUGUGGGACCCAUCAUAGCUUGGCACUGGUUCAGUGCCUCCCCACUCAAGACUUAAAAGCUCUCCCAGAGAGAUGCAAUCAUUGCAGCCAGCUCCUCAUUACCAUGACUGAUAAAGAAGACCAUGUCAUCAUCUCUGAUAGCCACUGUUGUCCACUGGGUGUUGUUCUGACUGAGUCCCAGACUGAGAAUCGUACUUCUUGCUCCUCGUUAGAAAGUCUGGAAAGAAAGAGUAUAACAAACAGCCAAGGUGAGGAUUGUCAGAAAACCCUUUCAGAAGAUCAGGUGCUGUCUGGGGCAGAGUAUGAUGUAGCAAGUAUAGUUUCAAACAAUGAUGGACAGGAAAACAGUGGCAUUUCUAGUCCAGGAAACCCUUUGAGCACUGACAAAACAGCAGUAAAGCAACACUUGACGGGCCUUUCAGAUCAUUCAUUAAAUGCAAGCAGGGAGAAGCAAAUCAGCUCUCAACCUGAACAGCAGUCUCAAGAAGAGGAUCAUCUUGUUUGCCUCCCCGGUCCACCCCUACCAGGUACAUCUGCCCUUAAUAGCCUAGUGGUUUCUUGUGCAUCUGCAGUUGGUGUAAGAGUAGCUGCUACUUAUGAAGCCGGAGCCUUGUCUCUGAAGAAGGUAAUGAACUUCUAUGGCACAGUUCCAGGUUGCACAGCCUCCCCAUCUAGUGGAAGCUCUCCAGCCCUGGAUGGAGCGAAGGACAGCCGAGAAGAGCAGGUCAAGCUGGAGUCAAUGCACGGGAAAAAAAGUUCCAGCUUGGUGGAUAUUCGAGAAGAAGAAUCUGAAGGAAUCUGUCGAAGACUUUCCUUGCCUGGUUUGCUCUCCCAAGUUUCUCCAAGGCUUUUGAGGAAAGUAGGACGAACCAAAAUGAGGACAGUUGCCCUGACACCUACCUACAGUGGUGAAGCUGAUGCACUUCUUCCAUCUCUGCGCACUGAGGUGUGGAGCUGGGGGAAAGGAAAAGAUGGGCAGCUGGGACAUGGUGAUGUCUUGCCAAGGCUCCAGCCAUUGUGUGUAAAAAGUCUUGAUGGUAAGGAAGUAAUUCAUUUGUCUGCUGGUGGCCAUCAUUCCUUGGCACUCACUGCUAAAUCGCAGGUAUAUUCAUGGGGCAGUAAUACCUUUGGACAGCUAGGUCAUUUAAAUUCUCCAACCACAAUCCCUCGCCUUGCAAAGAUAUGUGAUGAUAACAGAAUUUGGAAUAUAGCAGCAGGUCCAGACUAUUCCUUAUUCCUAGUAGAUGGAGAAGAUUUUCAGCCUUCAUUAUACUAUAGUGGCCAAGAAGAAAAAGGAGAGGGUGGUGUUUCAUCUGAAAAUAACUGCCUAAAGAGUCCAACACUGUUACUAAACUCUAGUAAGCUAGGGUAUAUUAGCAGCGUGACAACAGGUGGAAAUAAGUGUUUGGCUUUAGUGGACAAAAACAUUAUGGGGUACAUCGCUAGUCUUCACGAGUUGGCUUCAACAGAGAGAGAGUUCUACUCUAAACUGAGUGCUAUAAAAUCUCAAGUUCUCCGACCGCUCUUGGGAUUUGAUAAUUUAGGCACAGCAUCUACCAUCCAGUUGCUGCAGGAAAUGGCAAGUACAUUCAGUAAACUGUGUUACCUGAUUGGUCAGCAUGGAGCCUCUUUGACUAGCUUUCUUCAAGGAUUAAAAGAGGCAAAGAAUUUGGUGAUCCUGAAGCAUUCAAACCUGUUUUUGGAAAGUUAUACUGAGUACUGUGCUUCCUUGACAAAUUUUUUGGUAAUGGGAGGAUUUACACUACUCUCCAAACCAGCAGUGGAUUUCUUAGGUAAAAACCAAGCAUUACUUCAAGAUCUGUCAGAGACAAAUGAGGAGGUUUAUCCAUUAAUGGAGAUGCUAAAUGCUCUGUUUUUCUUGCCAAUCAGACGACUUCAUAAUUAUGCUAAAGUUUUGCUAAAGCUUGCUACCUGUUUUGAAGUGACAUCUCCAGAAUAUCAAAGCCUUCAGGAUUCCAGCUCUUCUUAUGAAACCCUGGCUGUCUAUCUCAGUAGGAAAAGAAAAGAAGCUGAAUACACACUGGGUUUCUGGAAAACUUUUCCUGGGAAAAUGACGGACUCCUUGAGGAAACCUGAACGGCGACUAAUCUGUGAAAGCAGCAACCGAGGAUUGUCCCUGCAACAUGCUGGGAGAUUUUCAGUGAAUUGGUUUAUCCUCUUCAAUGAUGCCUUGGUCCAUGCUCAGUUCUCAACUCAUCAUAUUUUUUCCUUGUCUACCCUGUGGGUAGAACCUGUUUCAGAAGAGUCUGGUAAUACGAAUGGCUUGAGAAUCACUACACCUGAAGAACAGUUUAUUCUCAUUUCAUCAACUCCACAAGAAAAGACUAAAUGGCUGAGAUCUAUAAGCCAAGCUGUGGAUCAGGCCUUAAAAGGGACGUCUGACUUGCCUCCCUAUGGAGGCAGCGGAAGCCUCCAGAGGCAAGAGCCCCCUAUUUCAAGGAGCGCCAAAUACACCUUCUACAAAGACCCUCGACUUAAGGAUGCUGCUUACAAUGGUCGAUGGCUUUCUGGGAAGCCACAUGGCAGAGGAGUCUUGAAGUGGGCAGACGGAAAGAUGUAUUCUGGCAUGUUCAGAAACGGCAUGGAAGAUGGAUAUGGUGAAUAUAAAGUACCAAAUAAAACACUGAACAAGAGUGACCACUAUAUUGGAUUUUGGAAGGAAGGCAAAAUGUGUGGACAUGGUAUCUACAGGUACGCAACUGGGGAGGUUUAUGAAGGAAGCUUCCAGGAUAACAUGCGUCACGGCCAUGGCCUUCUGCGCAGUGGGAAACUGACUUCUUCCUCACCUAGUAUGUUCAUUGGCCAGUGGGUGAUGGAUAAGAAGGUUGGAUAUGGAGUAUUUGAUGAUAUUACAAGGGGAGAAAAAUACAUGGGGAUGUGGCACGAUGAUCUUUGCCAAGGCAAUGGUGUUGUGGUCACACAGUUCGGGUUGUAUUAUGAGGGAUCCUUUAACAACAAUAAAAUGAUGGGGACUGGUGUAUUGCUUUCUGAAGAUGACACAGUAUACGAAGGAGAAUUUUCAGAUAACUGGACCCUUAAUGGAAAGGGAACAUUGACUUUGCCAAAUGGAGACACUAUUGAAGGCACUUUCAAUGGUGAAUGGGGUUCUGGAAUAAAGAUUACAGGAACCUACUUCAAACCCACUUUAUAUGAUCAUGAGAAGGACCGGUCUAAAACGCUGCGGAAGCUAGGAAACCUUGCUGUCCCAGCAGAUGAGAAGUGGAAGGCAGUGUUUGAGGACUGCUGGCACCAGCUCGGCUGUGAACAACCGGGCCAAGGGGAUAGGUGGAAAGCUUGGGAUAACAUUGCUGUUGCCCUGACAACCAAUCGGCGGCAACACAAAGACAGUCCAGAACUCUUGAGCAGGUCACAUGCACAAACCCUGGAAAGCUUGGAGUUCAUUCCACAACAUGUUGGUGCCUUCUCGUUGGAAAAAUACGACAACAUUAAGAAAUACCUUGUGAAGGCAUGUGAUACUCCUCUGCACCCUUUGGGAAAACUUGUGGAAACCCUGGUAGCUGUCUACCGCAUGACGUAUGUGGGAGUGGGAGCCAAUCGACGUCUAUUGAAGGAGGCAGUAAGGGAGAUUAAAUCCUAUUUGAAGCGCAUCUUCCAGUUGGUCAGAUUCCUGUUCCCUGAUCUUCCUGAAGAGGGCAGUGUAAUUCCCUUGCUGAUGACUGAGAUGAAAGGAACACGAUCUUUCUGUACUGGAAAGAAGGACUCAAGACCUGAAUCUCCAGAACCAGGUUAUGUGGUUACAAGCUCUGGCUUGUUACUUCCUGUGCUGCUCCCACGACUCUACCCUCCUCUAUUUAUGCUGUAUGCCUUGGACAAUGAACGAGAGGAAGAUGUUUACUGGGAAUGCGUUCUGCGUUUGAACAAACAACCAGACAAAGCACUGUUGAGCUUUUUGGGAGUGCAAACGAAAUUUUGGCCAACAACAGCAUCUGUCCUUGGUGAAAAUAAAAAGGUAUUACCAAACACAAAAGAUGCCUGUUUUGCUUCAGCAGUAGAAUGCCUACAACAGAUCAGUACAACUUUUACACCUACUGACAAGUUGAAGGUGAUCCAGCAGACCUUUGAGGAGAUCUCACAGAAUGUGCUUGAGUCUCUACAUGAAGAUUUCCUUUGGUCCAUGGAUGAUUUGUUUCCUGUUUUUCUAUAUGUGGUGCUACGAGCCAGGAUAAGGAAUUUGGGAUCUGAAGUGCACUUGAUUGAGGACCUCAUGGAUCCCUAUCUCCAACAUGGGGAGCAAGGCAUUAUGUUCACAACUCUGAAGGCAUGCUAUUACCAGAUUCAGCAUGAAAAGCUUACCUAAUUCAUUUGCCUCAUAUGGAAGAGUCACCUGAAUAGAAGUUUUAUUCAUCCUGCCUGAAAUACUUAAAAUGAAAACAAAGUCGUCAUCCUGUGGAUGUAAUUUCUAAACUUUUAAGGUCAGAAAAAAAGCAAGACUUCAGAUCAAAGAAAAAGAGAGAAGAUUGAGAAAGCAAUUAUUUUGUGAGGAACCUGUUAGAAUCUCAUGGAUCUCAAAAAAGAAAAAGAUCAUCCAGGAAUGUGCUGCUUUUGACAUAGGUUGAAAACACUGCGGAUUUGAAGGACUGAAAUGCACUAUGGAACCACUCUAUUGUUUUUAAAUUAAGCUGCCUAGGUUUGUGUGUCACUGAGGAAAAAAACUGACAUAAGUAGCCUUCUUAGUAAAAAAUAGUUUGUGAAAAAAUCCUUUCUGUAAGUAUUGUUACAGAUAAGAGUACAAGUGCUUGUGUGAAAUCAAGAUCUGUUGGAUUUACUAAUUCCACAGUGUUAAGUAUGUCAGAGCUGAUAUUUCUUUACUUUUGGGGGGGUGAGGGGAGCUUUGUAUUUAACAUCAAGGAGCGUUAGUCAUUGUAAAUGUCAGCACUGAAUUUGAUAUUUAUUAUGUUUACAGAACUCUUAUUUCUUGUAAGCCUUGAUGAACAGCGUUUAUAAGCUACAGCUGGAUGGUUUACUUGACAUUGGUGAACCUCAUGUUAUGGAAGGAUGCAACUACGAUCUUACUAAACAUGUGCUCUCAGGAUUGAAGUACUAUCUUAGCAUUAUGAGAUUUUGAACUGCUAUAUCUGCUAUGCCUAUUUGACAAAAGGAAAUCUUUCUUGUUACCAGCAAUUCUAUGUCAUUGUUGUUGUGACUUCUCCUUUACUUAUAUGGAUAGCUCUCAUCCUGGAUAAAAUAGGUGCUGUUCUUUACUGUAUCAGAAAUAAAUAGAAUAUAAGGAAAAUACUCUCCUGGUUAAAUUCAGUUAAUAAUAGUCAACACAAAUAACUUCUGGACAUCAGAAUCAUGCCUGUGUGUUAACUUCUUUUAUUAAAAAUACAUUUUGGUGGGAGCUAUAACUGUAAAUGAAGCAAUUUUCAUAAUAAAAAAUAU